AUGGAGAACUAUUUCCAAGCAGAGGCAUAUAACCUCGAUAAGGUUUUAGAUGAAUUUGAGCAAAACGAAGAUGCUGCUGUUUCACCUACGCUAUUGGGUGCAAAGUGGAAUCAGAUUCUAGAUCCGCCUUCUCGUUGUCUGUCAUUCAACCCAACCGUGGCCAAUGUGAAUGAAGCUACAACUCCUAAUGAAUGUCAACAGAGAUUGAAAUCUUUCUCCUUAUCUCAUUCAGUGACUACACCAACAGGAGGAGGUGAUCAUUGUGCUAAUGGAGAAGAUUUUAGCAUAAGCCCAGAGACUCCAGUCAUGUGGAUUGAUGAUCAGGCAGCAGCAGAUGAUCAAUUGAUUAAACGAAAGAGUAAUCGGGAUGAUCAGUAUAACACUGUGGAAACAGGAGAAAAGAAAUCUGGGAAUAUAGCUUGCUUGCCAGAGGAGAGAAAUGUACUAGUGGUGGCAGUCAUGCAUAACUGUGACAGAACACUACAAAGUGGCGAUUUGCUGGAUUGUAAAAAUUACAAUAGUCAGUCCCUAAUGGACACUAUUAGCUUUACACUGGAUAAUGAAAACCAACAGAAUGAUCAGUUUAGUGUUACUGUAAAUGGAUCCAUGGAAAAAGAUAUAGAUACAGAAAAGCAAGUAAAUCGGCUGUGCACUGAAGAUGACUCUCUAACUCAUUUGAUUAAUGCUUCAUCUGAAAGCCUGACUGUUGCAUGCCCCUCCUCUCGAUUAAAGGAUGAUUUUAAUAUGAGUAAAGAUUCACUGUUUUCAGAAGCUACAACAGCAGGGAUUAAUGCAGUGACUCUCUUACAGAGACCAGUUGAUGGUACUGUUAAAAUGCAAGAAAAUUGUCUAUCAGUUGAAAAUUUUACUAUUAAAGCCAUUCCUCAGAGAACGGAUCUAGAAGCUAAAAACUCUUCUGGUUCAAGUAAUGGAAACUUAAUCGUAGAACAGGAAACAACCCAACAGUUAAAGUCUAGGCUAUCUGGGCUCACUGAAACUUGUCAACCUAACAUGGCUGGAAGUGGCAAUUACAAGGAGCGUGUUGCAGAACAUUUUGCCCCUGAGGAUGUUAGUGCCACUGAAAGCGAAGUCAUUGAAUGUGAUAAAAAUCUUGGCACAACGGAAUUGCUCAGUAUGGCAGAGUGUUACCCUGAAUCUCAGGAGAUGACUAACUGGGAACUGACAAAGUUGAAUGAGAUGAAUAAUAAGCAAACUCUGGGAGAGAAUGAAAGACUUUUGCAGACAAAACAGCCUGAUGAGGCAUGUAGUAAUAGUAAAGAAGGUGGAGAUGGGAUGAUGGAGGCAGGCAUGGAUUUAAAAGUGGCUGGUAUAGAUGAGCUUGAAGGGUCCAGUCUCUCUGAUGUGAUGGCUACAUCAGCAGCAAGCUCUCUGUCUAAUGGUUGUGAUUCCUAUGGAAUGCAGAACCCAGUUGUUGCCCAUGUUCCAAAGACUUUACCCUCCAAGGAAGACUCGGUAACGGAGGAAAAGGAGAUAGAGGAGAGCAAGUCAGAAUGUUACACUAAUGUUUAUGAACAGAGAGGAAAUGAGAACGCAGAAGGGAGCGGUCUUACUUUAAACAGCACUGGUGACCACAUAAAGAAAAAUUAUUUACAUAAUCUUUGUAGUCAGGUUUCAUCCAUGCAAGGGCAAACUUCAACUAAACCAGUGACUAAUUUGCAAUCUAUCAGUGUUCCUUUUGGUGGUGCAAGACCUAAACAACCUACAAAUCUUAAACUGCAGAUUCCGAAGCCAUUAUCGGACCACUUACAAAAUGAUCUUGUUCCCCCAAAUUGUGGAGGUAAUAGUAAAAAUAAAAAUGUCUUUGGUAAGACACAAUUAGGGGGUGCAGCAGACACAUUUCCUGGUGAAACAUCUUUAAAUGCCUCUGUUACUGAUACUAAUGGGGAACAUUUGGAGGAGUAUGAGUCUGGAGUCUCGAGUAGUCCGUGCCUUGCAGUAGCCCCAGAUAGUCCAGAUAAUGAUCUCAGAGCUGGUCAGUUUGGAGCUCCAGCCAGAAAGCCUUUUACAACUUUGGGUGAGGUGGCUCCGGUUUGGGUUCCAGAUUCUCAAGCACCAAACUGUAUGAAAUGCGAGGCCAGAUUUACAUUCACCAAAAGAAGGCAUCAUUGCAGAGCUUGUGGGAAGGUUUUUUGCGCAGCAUGCUGUAGCCUGAAGUGCAAGUUACUGUACAUGGAUCGAAAGGAAGCUAGAGUGUGUGUAAUCUGCCAUUCGGUACUAAUGAAUGCUCAAGCCUGGGAGAACAUGAUGAGUGCCUCAAGCCAGAGUCCUAACCCUAACAAUCCCGCUGAAUACUGUUCUACUAUCCCUCCUUUGCAGCAGGCUCAGGCCUCAGGUGCCCUGAGCUCUCCGCCUCCCACUGUCAUGGUACCUGUGGGAGUUUUAAAGCAUCCUGGAGCAGAAGUGGCUCAACCUAGAGAACAAAGACGUGUUUGGUUUGCUGAUGGCAUAUUACCCAAUGGAGAAGUUGCCGAUGCAGCAAAACUGACAGUGGCUGGGACAACUUCCACAGGAACCUUAGCAGUGUCUCAUGAUCCAUCAAAGACUGUGACCAACAACACUUUAUCAGCAGAAGCUGAUAAUGCUUCUGUAUUCUCGGGUAAUAUAACUCAGGUUGGCAGUCCUGUUGGCAGUGCAAUGAAUCUAAUUCCUGAAGAUGGUCUUCCCCCAAUUCUCAUCUCCACUGGAGUAAAAGGAGACUACGCUGUAGAAGAGAGACCUUCGCAGAUCUCUGUCAUGCAGCAGCUGGAGGAUGGUGGCCCUGACCCUCUUGUAUUUGUUUUAAAUGCUAAUUUGCUGUCCAUGGUAAAAAUAGUAAAUUAUGUGAACAGGAAGUGCUGGUGUUUCACUACAAAAGGCAUGCACGCAGUGGGGCAAUCAGAGAUAGUCAUUCUCUUGCAGUGUUUGCCUGAUGAGAAAUGUUUGCCUAAGGAUAUCUUUAACCAUUUUGUGCAACUUUACCGGGAUGCCUUAGCAGGUAACGUUGUUGGCAACCUGGGACACUCCUUUUUCAGCCAGAGCUUCCUUGGAAGCAAAGAGCAUGGAGGAUUCUUAUAUGUUGCAGCUACGUAUCAGUCCCUGCAAGACCUGGUGCUCCCAACCCCACCAUACUUGUUUGGCAUCCUCAUUCAGAAAUGGGAGACUCCCUGGGCUAAAGUGUUCCCCAUUCGGCUGAUGUUGAGACUCGGAGCUGAAUACAGACUUUAUCCAUGCCCACUUUUUAGUGUCAGAUUUCGUAAGCCUUUGUUUGGAGAGACGGGACACACGAUUAUGAACCUUCUUGCAGACUUCAGAAAUUACCAGUACACACUGCCUGUGGUCCAAGGUUUAGUGGUUGAUAUGGAAGUCAGAAAAACCAGCAUCAAAAUUCCUAGCAACAGAUAUAAUGAGAUGAUGAAAGCCAUGAACAAAUCCAACGAGCAUGUUCUAGCAGGGGGAGCAUGCUUCAAUGAGAAAGCGGACUCGCAUCUGGUGUGCGUUCAGAAUGAUGACGGGAAUUACCAGACGCAGGCCAUCAGCAUCCACAAUCAGCCGAGGAAGGUGACUGGUGCCAGCUUCUUUGUGUUCAGUGGAGCUUUAAAACCCUCUUCAGGCUACCUUGCCAAAUCCAGUAUAGUAGAAGAUGGAGUAAUGGUCCAGAUAACUGCUGAGAAUAUGGACUCCUUGAGGCAGGCCUUGAGGGAGAUGAAAGACUUCACCAUCACUUGCGGCAAAGUAGAUGCUGAAGAUCCUCAGGAACACGUUCAUAUUCAGUGGGUAGAAGAUGAUAAAAACUUCAGUAAGGGCGUUGUAAGCCCUAUCGAUGGCAAAUCAAUGGAAUCUAUAACAAGCGUGAAGAUAUUUCACGGCUCGGAGUACAAGGCAAACGGAAAGGUCAUUCGGUGGACAGAGGUGUUUUUCCUAGAAAAUGAUGAGCAACAUAAUGGUCUGAGUGACCCAGCUGAUCACAGCAGACUGACUGAAAACGUUGCAAAGGCUUUCUGUUUAGCGCUCUGUCCUCAUCUUAAAUUGUUGAAAGAAGAUGGAAUGACAAAGCUAGGCCUGCGCGUUACACUUGACUCGGAUCAAGUUGGUUAUCAAGCUGGGAGUAACGGACAGCCGCUGCCCUCUCAGUACAUGAAUGACCUGGACAGUGCCUUAGUUCCAGUGAUUCAUGGAGGGGCAUGUCAGUUGAGCGAGGGUCCAGUCAUAAUGGAGCUCAUCUUUUAUAUUCUGGAGAACAUCUCAUAAGAGGACUUCAUUUUCUGUUCAGACCUGUUCCAGCAGCAGUUGUAUCUGAAUCAUUUGCACUUUAAAACUGGAAAAUUAAGCUUUUGUUAACACUAUGGGGGGGUGGGAGGGACAGUUGUUCCAUAAUUCUAAAUCUUCUAUGCAUUGUCAACAAACAGAGGAUCAGGGCAGCUUCUAUACUACAACAUGGCUAUGCUAUCCUUGCAGCUAAUACACUUCUGUUACCGUUUAGAAAAAUGCUUAUGUUUAAAGACUUACAGUCAUGUACUCUAAAUGCUCAAACGAGUGCAAAGAUCACUGGGGCG